GAAAGCAACGAAUUAUUAUUAAAUGCUAUUAACGAGAAAGAAAAAAUGCCAAAGGAUGUCAAAACAGCAGAUAAUACCACUGAAAUGAAUAAAAUCACAAUAUAUGAUAUACCUGACGAAGAGUUACGUAAAUUAAGAGAAAAAGCUGAAAAGUACGAUGAUUUAAUGAAGCAAUUAAUCAUGCUUGAAACGGAAGUUAAGAAACAGGACGAAGAGAUUCGUUUACUCAACGAUAAACUAAAUGAACGGAAAUAUGACUGUGGUGCAGUUGCCGUCCUACGUGAUAAACUUAUGGCUAAAGAAAAAGUCAUCGAACAACAAGUUGUCUUUUAUUUACUUUUCACAUAUUGCUAA